UGUGCGCAUCUUUGGACGUUCCGGUCAUUGCUCUCUUUGUUCCGAAACUAUUAAACCUGCCGAUUGGAUAAUGGUUAUAGACAAAGGAAGGACGCUCUUUUCACAUUUAGACUGUUUUGCUUGUUGGAAAUGUGGAUAUAGGUACAGAUUUUUUUGGAUUUUUAUUGGGUUUUUAUUAAAAGAAGGAAAGUAUAGUCAAACCUCUGAUAUCUCUUUGAGGCGAUCUCUUUUGAAGGGGGUAUAG